CUCCCCUUCCCCCCUGUCGCCACCGCCCCGCGAGUUCCGGGCGCUUUUGGGCCCCGCCAUGGCCGGCCGGCGCCGCGCCGCCGACAAGGUGUCGGUGCUGCUGCCCACCUACAACGAGCGCGAGAACCUGCCGCUCGUCGUCUGGCUGCUGGUGCGGAGCUUCCGGAGCAGUGGAAUCGACUUCGAAAUUAUAGUUAUAGAUGAUGGAAGCCCAGAUGGGACGCAGGAAGUUGCUGAACAAUUGAAAGAGAUAUAUGGAUCAGAUAAAAUUCUUCUAAGACCCAGAGCUAAAAAGUUGGGACUGGGCACUGCUUAUAUUCAUGGAAUGCAGCAUGCCACGGGGAAUUUUAUUAUUAUUAUGGAUGCUGACCUCUCGCAUCAUCCAAAAUUUAUUCCGGAGUUCAUCAGAAAGCAAAAAGAAGGUAAUUUUGACAUUGUAUCUGGAACACGGUAUAGAGGAAAUGGAGGAGUGUAUGGCUGGGAUUUGAAAAGAAAAAUAAUCAGUCGUGGUGCCAACUUUAUAACUCAGAUUUUGCUGAGACCAGGUGCAUCAGACUUAACAGGAAGUUUCAGGUUAUACAGAAAAGAGGUCUUGGAGAAACUAAUGGAAAAAUGUGUUUCUAAAGGCUACGUCUUCCAGAUGGAAAUGAUUGUUCGGGCUAGACAAUUAGGAUACACCAUUGGAGAGGUUCCAAUAUCAUUUGUGGACCGUGUCUAUGGAGAAUCUAAACUGGGAGGCAAUGAAAUUAUCUCUUUCUUAAAAGGACUGUUGACUUUGUUUGCUACUACUUAAGUUUACUUUAGACAAAUCUUUAUUUAAAAGUAACAUUCUCUUGCAUUACUUGUAAUUUUAAUAUAUUCUAUAGCAGAAGCUCACUAAUUUGUCUACUGACCAAAACACUUAUUUGCAAAUUAGUGAUAAAAUGAACCAAAAAUAACAAGAAAAUACACAGAUGUCUUCAGAUGUAAUAUACAGUAUUACAGAAUAUUCUUUUUCUAAUUAAAUGGACUAGUAUAUUUAUGAACUGUUCAGAAUUAAUACAUUGUAGUAGUUUGUUUGUUUUUUAACCCCAAAAUCUUAAUAAAUGAGACCAUGCUUAAA